AUGAUGUACUCGUGUCUGUGUGAUUGCAAAUCACACCUCUGUUCCCUUUUCGCCUGCUACUGGCGUAUUGCAGGGUUCAGUGCUCAGCCCUCACUUGUACUCUUUGUACAUCAACUCUCUGCCUGCUCUUCUUCGUUCUGCUGUCAGUCGCGGUACUAUG